AGCUUACAACAUUUUAAGAGCAUAAAGUGUAAUAUAAAAUAAAAUAAAAAAACCAUACUUUAUGAUAAAAGUCCUCAAACAACCUGUAGAACAGACCCAAUAAAAUAGCAGCAAAAACAUAUCAAUAGGCAGCAAAACUGUCAUGUCAAAUGCGUAGUAGAAGAACUAAGUUUUACCUGGUGCUGAAAGGAUAGUAAAGCGCAUUGCAAUAAUAAUUUCUGCAACAGCUUAUCAACCUGGCCUUAAAGCUUACUUUGCCAGGUUAGGAAGGGGUGUAUCAGCAACUGUACCACCAUAAUAUCAGAAACCAUCUAUAGACCAUAUAAAACUACCUUAUACUGGAUCAGACCAUAGUCCCUCUAAACAGGUGCUGCCUACUUGGACUGCCAAUAGCUCUCGGGCAGAAUUCUUUCCCAUCCGUGCUAUCUGGGAUCCUCUUUAAUUGAUGAUGUCAGGAAUUGAACCUGGGACCUUCUCCAUUCAAAGCAUGUGUUCCACUGUCAGUAGUGUCCCUGCUCCUAUUACUGUUAUCCAAUCUAUUAUGGCACCAUCAGGAGAAAUAGUUGCAUGACACAUAAAGUGCAAAGGGUUGGGUGAAAAAAGGAUUUCAGAGAAAUGGGAUUUGGCACAUACUCCUGGCUGUGUUCAAAAGGCAUUUUGGUCACCACAGAGCUAUCUAUGUGGUUUCAAUCCUAUGCAUUUAAUAGUAGAUAAUAACUUGUUAAUACGGAACUACAACUGACAGGAAACAGAUGGCAGUUUUAUUAAAAACAAAAAAACACAUUUCUAAGUCGCAAGACAAAGAAGAUUUUGUUAACUGGUAGGGUUGGUUCUUUUUCCCCCCACCUCCCCUUUUUUUACUUUUCAGAGCAUCAGUGUACCACAAAUAACUAACAAGUUUGUAGGUGGGCAGCCCAGCUAAUAAAAAUGUUUAGGGGUAGUAAUUUUGGUAGACCUUUGCAAAUUGGGGGAGCAUUGUAACUUUUAACUUAACCAAGGUUUCUAUUCUAGUCAUAUUUAUACAAGCUGCUCUGUACUCAGUAGCAGAGUAUGUGUUAGUGAUCUCUAGCAGAACAGGAUUAGACACCUGUUUCUUAAGGAAUUUCUUCUUUAAAAAGUAGCAAGUCUGAUUAGCCGCCAUGGUAAACCUCAUUUAAAGGAAAAAUAAUCAUAAAAUUUGAAAUACUUAGCUAUUAUUAAAUGUUUGAAUAACCCGUAUAACCUGCUUUAGAGAUUACUCAAAAUUCUUUUAAGUUCUCAUGUAGAAGAUACUCUGGGAGGCUGCUUAAUACUAUUUGGUAUCUAAAAUGCUUUUGUGAGCAAAGCUUGCCCUGCCUAGCAACAGUUGCUGGGUGAGAAGUUAUCCCACAUCUUCAGACCUCUUUUGCAGCCUUAUGAUAUGCAGAGCUCUUUAACACCAGAGCUGCAGAAGAACAGGCACCAUCUUGCCAAACAUUGGUCAAACCUUCCUCUUUCUGUCUCUCUCUCUCACUGACAUGCACAGAUUCUAAGAAGACACCAAAUUAAUUCAGUUUUGUCUGUAAGGUUUUGCUUCUUCGUCUAGAGCACAGUUACAACUUGUCAUUGGAGCAGGAAAAAUCUUGAAUACAAUCAUGAUUCAGAAUCCAGAUUUUGACACUUUUGUUUGCUGUGCCAUUUGUUCAAAACUAAUUCCACCUCCUCCUAAACCAGAGACCUUUGAACGGAUUAGAGAAUACAAGCCUUACAAAACUCGGUAUUAUACACACAGAGAUAUAUUGGAACUGGGAGCUGACCUUAAGCAAGAAGAAGCAGACAGAAGAGAAGCAGAAAUACAACGACGAAUUGAAAAAGUGCAAACUAGAUUAUUGCUUCAGGCUGCAACAGAAAAAGAGGAUGCAGUUGAAGAUGCCCUCAAUCGUGCCGACAGUCUUCACAAGAAAGAUAUUGAAGCUCUUAAAAAGAAAGAUGAAAAAGCGUUAGAAGAAGCUGUGAAAAAUACAAGGAUAGAAAUGCUCCAGCAUCUGGAACUGGAGCUGAAGAGAGAAUCGGAAGCUGCCGAGCAGCGGAUGACUCACAAACUUCAACGCAUCCUGUUAGAGCUCGCUCUGGAGAAGACAAAAGCUGUUGCUCAAACUAGACAAGAAGAGAGGCACAAAAUAACUGGAAUCCUGGAAAAGCAACGAAAGAAGUAUUUGGAGCAAAUCCGGCAAACUGGGGUGCUUGCCAAUGAUAUUUAUCAGAAGAACCUGCAACAGUUAGCCUGGGAGAAAAAACAUGAAAUGGAAACUGCCUUUAAAAUCUCCCAAAAAGAGUUUCAGGAAGAAACAGAGAAGCUCCUCCAAGAAGCGGACAGUGUCCGUGAGGCUCAGUUGGAAGAGGUGGCAAAUGAGGUGAACAGAAAACACAGUGUGAUCCUGUCUCUCAGCAAGCAACUGGAAAACAUGACCACCUGGAAAGAUAGCCUGGAAGCCGAAAUACUAGAAACAAGGGAAGCAUUUCAGAAAUACAUUAACCUCACAUUUCCACAACUUGCCCCAGGACAAGCAGACUUUAUCUUACCAUUCAGAAAAAUAUCUCCAUUCACAGACUCUGGUGCAGAACAGUGUGUACAUAGCAUAAUGAUAUAUCAAGAAACUGUUAUAUGUAGUGACAAGAUGGAACCGCAUAUAUAUAUAUUGACAACUGAAGAAGACCCUUAUAGGGUAGAAAUGUGUUUGGUCCACAGUAUAACUAUUUGUUAUAUAAGACUUGGUUUGUCACAAUAUUGCUGGCAAUAUCAGCUGAUAUUUGGAUAUAAUUCCACAUAUACAUAAUAAUGAGAUUUUAGAUAUUUUAUUUAUCCUUUGCAUUUUGUAUGCCUAUAUACACACUAUUUGUCUGAGGAGAUUAAAGUUUAAUAUGCUUUUUCUAUUUGUUUAUUUUGGCAUUACAUUUUCUAGACUUAGACAUGUUGUAAUUAUGUGCCUUCAAGUCGAUUACGACUUAUGGCGACCCUAUGAAUUGGCGACCUCUAGUAGCAUCUGACGUGAACCACCCUGUUCAGAUCUUGUACGUUUAAGUCUGUGGCUUCCUUUAUGGAAUCAAUCCAUCUCUUGUUUGGUCUUCCUCUUUUUCUACUCCCUUCUGUUUUUCCCAGCAUUAUUGUCUUUUCUAGUAAAUCAUGUCUUCUCAUGAUGUGUCCAAAGUAUGAUAACCUCAGUUUCAUCAUUUUAGCUUCUAAUGAUAGUUCUGGUUUAAUUUGUUCUAACACCCAAUUAUCUGCCUUUUUCAUAGUCCAUGGUAUGCACAAAGCACUUCUCCAACACCACAUUUCAAAUCAGUUGAUUUUUCUCUUACCCACUUUUUUCAUUGUCCAACUUUCACAUCCAUACAUAGAGAUUGGGAAUACCAUGGUCUGAAUGAUCCUGACUUUAGUGUUCAGUGAUACAUCUUUGCAUUGGAGGACCUUUUCUAAUUCUGUCAUAGCUGCCCUCCCCAGUCCUAGCCUUCUUCUGAUUUCUUGACUAUUGUCUCCAUUUUGAUUAAUGACUGUGCCAGGGUAUUGAUAAUCCUUGACAAGUUCAGUGUCCUCAUCAACUUUAAAGUUACAUAAAUCUUCUGUUGUCAUUACUUUAGUCUUCUUGACGUUCAGCUGUAGUCCU